UCCGUUCUCUCUACCCAAACUCUUUCCGGAACUGAAAGCUCUACUACUAAUCGAGAGAUCUCGAGAUCCAACACCAACCAAAAAUGGAGCAGACAUUCAUCAUGAUCAAGCCCGAUGGUGUCCAAAGAGGCCUGGUUGGUGAGAUUAUUGGCAGAUUUGAGAAGAAGGGUUUCACGUUGAAAGGUUUGAAGUUGAUCACCGUGGAUCGCCCUUUUGCCGAGAAGCACUAUGAGGAUCUCUCUGCCAAGCCAUUCUUCAAUGGGCUUGUUGAGUACAUUAUUUCUGGUCCAGUAGUUGCUAUGAUCUGGGAAGGUAAGAAUGUCGUCACCACUGGUCGCAAGAUAAUUGGAGCCACUAACCCCUCUGAGUCUGCCCCUGGCACCAUCCGUGGUGAUUUUGCUGUUGAAAUUGGCAGGAAUGUCAUUCAUGGAAGUGAUGCUGUUGAGAGUGCGAGAAAAGAGAUUGCAUUGUGGUUCCCUGAUGGCCCUGUAAACUGGCAGAGCAGCCUUCACCACUGGAUCUGCGAGUAA